UCAUUAAUCUUCUCAACUUUUCUUCAUCUACUACAGUCAAAGAGUUCAAAAAAUUGUUAAUAGGCCAAUACAAUUAUUGAAAAGUCAGGAAAAUGGACAUACUGAGGCAGUGAGGCAUUGCAUUUUGGCUUCUCUUCUACAUUGCUGUACCGGCCAUUCUCUACAAUCACGGUUCCUUACUAAGGAGUAGCGUUUUUCCUACAACGUUUGAAGUGGAUUUUCAGCUAUGGUUCUCGGGCUGAGGUCGAGGCACAAGAAGGGUGCUUCUGUUCAAGUGGAUUUCGUUGUCCAUGUGGAGGAGGUUAAGCCUUGGCCGCCAUCGCAGUCGCUUAGAUCUGUUCGGUCUGUGUUGCUCGUCUGGCAGAAUGGUGAUCAGAACUCUGGGUCUUUCAUAUCUAAUGUAGGGGAUGCGAGUAUCGAAUUCAAUGAGUCCUUUGCUCUCUCAGUAACUCUAUGUCAUGAAAAGAGGACUCGUGAUAAGUUCCAGAAGAAUUUGUUGAAUCUUUACCUAUACGAACCUCGGAAGGACAAGGCGAGUAGAGGGCAACUGUUGGGGACAGCCACACUAAAUCUUGCAGAUUUUGGGGCUAUUGAGGAGGAUAUGAGCAUUUGCACUCCUGUGAACAGCAAAAAGAGUUCAAAAAGCUUUGAGCAACCCAGCAUGUUCGUUACAAUACAGCCUGUUCACAAGGAUAGCUCAAGUUCGUCUCCUAAGGUCAGCUUAUCAAAAAGAACGUCCACUGACAAGGAUGAGCAAGUAUCUAUUGCAGAUUCAGUGAAUGAAGGAAAUGAUGAUCAGUGUGAGAUUGCCUCUUUCACAGAUGAUGAUGUGUCAUCACAUUCGUCCCUGGAUGUCACUAAGUCUUCCACAGAGGCUGCUAAGGCGCCGCCACCUCAACAUGAGAAGGAUGGAGUUGAAUCUGCAAAAAGUAACUUUGGCAGGGAACAUAUCGACUCUGAUACACUUCAAGCACUGGUCCCUGCAGCAUCGCUUGAGAGUGUUCCUUCUAGGUGUUUGGAGAGUCCAGCUGAAGGUACAAGUGGGAAGUCCAACAUCGUGAGAGGCCUUGAGCAUAAAAUCACAACUCAUAUUGAAGAAGUUGAUAGUAGCAAACACCCAACUAAAAUAGAUACACAACCUGUUGAAGACAACUGCUUGGGUAAAAUUUCUUCCAGUAUUGCAACUUCAGAUGGUUGUAUCCAAACAAGUUUGGAUCUGGACCCUGGAAGGCCUCAUGACCUUCAAGAAUCCCAAUGGAGAAAAUUGAGCCAUGCUGAAAAUAAAUUUGUAAGUGAUUUACACGUUGGCCUUGUGGGUGGAAAGGAUAUAAAUGAUAAGCUAGAAACUGAACAGGAUGAAGAGAGAAUUCCUAGAGAGGAUUUGCAUGUUGGUCUUCAAGAACCUGAAAAGAGAAAAAUGGACCAUCCCGAAACUGAUGUCAUUAAUAAUUUAAAUAUUGGCUUUGUGGGUGGGGAGGAUAUAAAGGAGAAGCUAGAAACUGAACAGGAUGAUGAGAGAAUCAGAAGAGAUGAUUUACAUGUGAAUCUUAAGGAAUCCCAAGAGAGAAGUACAGGACAUGCCGAAAGUGAAGUCGCUAAUGAUUUACAUGUUGGUCUUGUGGGUGGAAAGGAUAAAACUGAACAGGGAGAAGGUAUAAUCCCAGUGGAUGAUUCACAUGUCGGUCUUCAAGAAUCCCAAGAGAGGAAAAUGGGUCAUGAAUAUGAAGUUAGUAGUAUACAUGAUAUUUGGGGUGAAAAGGAUCCAAACGAGAAGCUAGAAAUUCAACAGGAAGAAGAUAGAAUCCCAAGAGAUAACUUAGAUGUUGGUGUUCAAGAAUCUCAAGAGAGACAGAUGAAAAUGGGUGAGAGUAAAGUCAUUGAUAAUUUACAUGCUGAUCUUUUGGGUGGAAAGGAUAUAAACAAGAAACUAGAAACUGAACAGGGUGAACUGAGAAUCCCUAGAGAUGAUUUACAUGUUGGUCUUUGGGAACCCCAAGAGAUAACGAUCAGUCAUGCUGAAAGCGAGGUUGUUAAUAAUUUACAAGCUGGCCUUGCUGGGGGUAAGGAUAUAAAGGAGAAACUAGAAACUGAGCAGGAUGAAGAAGCAAUCCGACUAGAUGAUCUAAAUGUCAGUCGUCAAGAACCCCAAGAGGUAAAAAUGGACCAUGCUGAAAGUGAAGUCAUUACUAGUUUACAUGUUGGUCUUGAGGGUGGAAAGGAUAUAAAGGAGAAGCCAGAAACUGAUCAAGUAGAAAGGAGUCUCCCAAGAGAUGACUUAGACUUACAUGUCAGUGUGCAAGAAUCCCAAGACAGAGAAAUGAAAACGGGGCAUGCUGAAGGUGAAGUUAAUAAUUUACAUGCUUGUCUUAUGGGUGGAAAGGGGGGUGUAAAGGAGAAACUAGAAACUGAACAGGAUGCAGAGAUCCUGCUUGAUGCACAAAAUUUGUCAGAUAUUAACUCAGCCAGUGGCCAUAAUACAGAAAAGGCAGCAAAAGUAAAUGUAACUGAAGAUGCCAGCUCUAGUGCUAACGCCGAAAUAAAUAAAUCAACAAAUAGGCUUCCUGACCAAGAAAAUGAAUGGAAAUCCAGAAUUGAAAUUCUUGAGGAAGAAUUAAGGGAAGCUGCUGCUGUUGAGGUUAGCCUUUAUUCUAUAGUUGCUGAACAUGUGAGUUCUUCAAACAAGGUUCAUGCUCCAGCUCGUCGCCUCUCAAGGCUCUACUUUCAUGCUUGCAAGGUGAAGUCUCAAACUAAACAAGCAAGUUGUGCAAGAACUGCUGUCUCAGGUUUAGCUUUGGUCUCUAAAGCAUGUGGAAAUGAUGUUCCCAGGUUGACUUUUUGGUUAUCAAACACAAUCAUGUUGAGAGCAAUUGUUAGCCAGGCCGCUGCAGACACAGUAGACAAGAAUAGACCAAAUAUAAGAAGCACUGGUGGUAAAACUGGGGACAAAGGUAGAUAUUCAGAGCAAAAUUGUGAGUUUGACUACACAAAUGAAGGAAGGAAGAGUGUAACAAAUGAACAGACUGACUGGGGAGAUAGGGAUGUAUUUACCCUUGCACUCGAACAAGUUGAAGCUUGGAUCUUCUCCCGAAUUGUUGAGUCUGUGUGGUGGCAGAUUUUCACUCCACAUAUGCAAAGAACUGUUGCAAAAACAAGUGGCGGAUCUGUAAGCUCAAAUUCUAAGAAGGGAACUAGGCAUGAUUUUGGAGAUGAAGAGCCUGGUAGUUUCUCAAUUGAUCUUUGGGAGAAGGCUUUCCAGGAUGCUUGUGAAAGGCUGUGCCCAGUUAGGGCGGAAGGACAUGAGUGUGGCUGCUUGUCGAUGCUGGCAAAAAUGGUUAUGGAACAGCUAGUGAGUAGACUGGAUGUGGCGAUGUUCAACGCCAUUCUUCGUGACUCUGCUGAUGAAAUGCCAACAGAUCCUGUGUCAGAUCCCAUUAGUAACCCUAAGGUCCUCCCAAUCCCUGUUGGGAAAUUAAGCUUUGGGGCUGGUGCACAACUAAAAAAUGCCGUUGGAAACUGGUCUAGAUGGCUGUCUGAUUUAUUCGAAACUGAAGAUAACGAGUUUCCUGAUAGUAGCAACACUAUGCUUGUGGAAGACAAGCAACACGAGUCUCACAAGCCUUUCCGCCUCCUCAAUGCGCUAAGUGACCUCAUGAUGCUACCAUUAGAAAUGCUGGCUGAUCCAUUAACAAGAAAAGAAGUUUGCCCAUUGUUCAGCCCAUCGCUGAUCAAGAUAAUUCUCAGCCUUUUUGUUCCUGAUGAGUUCUCCCCACACCCAGUUCCCCAGGAAGUAUUUGUGGCUCUUGAUUCUGAGGAUGAUAUGGAUGCUUCCAGUGAGUCUUUCACUAUGGUACCAUGUACUGCCACCCCCACUGUUUACUCACCCCCAACUGCAGCCUCAGUUACUAGGUUUAUGGGAGAGUCUGGAACCCAAUCUUUAGCACGAAACACGUCAUCUGUCCUCAAGAAAUCAUACACAAGUGAUGAUGAGCUUGACGAGGUGGACUCACCCCUGACUUCAAUUAUAGCUGAUCGAUCACGGGGCUGUCCUACUUCAACAAACAUGAAAUGGACUCCCGGAGUAAAGGGCAGUCGAAAUCUUAUCAGGUAUCAGCUACUUCGAGAGUUAUGGAGAGAUAAUGGUCAGUGAAAACUGGUGCAAGAUCAGGUAAAUUUGUACAGAGUUUCCAUUUGUUAUCGUGAAUUUCCUUCUGAAAUUUUGAGUUCCCAAAGAAAGAAGAGACACAUAGUGAUCCAGAAUAAGAGAUUAAUCAUUUUGAAGUA